GCUGCAGUUACAAACGCAGAACGCGACUUCCGGUUCCGGUUCAUUUCUGUUCCGUUUAAUUCUGGUCGCAAGUGUUUUGAUUCCAUUUUCAACCGAUAUGGAUCGAACCCCGUCCAGAUCUCACUGGAACGAAAAGUUUCCUUCCCCGCCUUCAGGGGAGGUUCGCCAGGAAGGUACGGUGCUGGAGGACGAGGCUAUGGAGGGUCUCCGGCCAUUUUCGGCAGCGGUGGUCGCAAUUUCGGAGAGAAGCAGCGAAGGGGAAACCGUUUCGGGAGGGCAGUGAACUUCAGUCCAGCGGCUGUGAACGUACAGCAUGAGUCUUCUGGCUCGAUCGAGAGGUACUUUAGUCCAUCCAUGUUGGAGGAUCCUUGGGCAGCACUGCAGCCAAAGCACACCGAAACACCACCAAUCCAUAAACAGGAUCACUGUCGCACAACAGAAAGUAGCAGGGAGAUCCCAGAUUAAUGCGAGAAUAAUGCAGUUUGACUGCAUGUGUCUACAUUUCCUGUAGGGUUAGGUGAAAAUUGUAUGCACUGUUUUGAAAUUCUGCGUGCUAUUUGGGGUUUUAAAAAGUGCCAUAUUUGGAAUUGUUUUCUUGUUCUUGAUCAGUGUGAGAAGCGAUUAGUUUGAUGUGUUUGUUUGUACCAUACAUAAAAUACAGAUAAUGCACAGGUUUUGGACAUUAUUAUUAUUUUUGUCAAAUGGUGCAUCUUUUCAACCCCCCACCCCCCAAAAAAAGAAAACAACGGGCUAGUUGGAUCUUUGUAAAUGUAUGUGUUGGAAUUGCACAUAUUGACUAAGAUUAUAUAUUUUAUUUUUAGACUUAGACUUGAAAACCAUGUAUUUGUAAUGGACGAAUUAUCAUUAAAUUGAUGAAAACCGAACAUUGUUAUGUGAAUGUAUCCAGUUGAUUUAAUAAUUUUAUUUCCGGUAUUGGGUAUCUGUUUGUCAACAAAUCUAAUGAGACAACAAAGUACAAGGGCUUGGAAACCUAAUGAGUUAAGAGACGCACUCUUUAGUGUUCAGCCACAGUUCAGAGAGGGAUGAAGUUGUAAGCACUUACACCGGGGAUGGGUGUGGCUAGAGGAAAGAUGUGGGAGCUCCUGGAUGGAACUCCACUACUGCACAGUGGGUCAAUUUGAGGAGAUAGAGGAACUAGGAAAGUCAGAACAGAGGGGGCCAUAUUGAGGGCCUGCUAAUCUUGUCUGCAUAAUAUUAGCUUGUCUGACAGAUCAGAUUAAGUUUCGCAAAACUGUUGGGGGUAGGUUCUUUGGAGGGGGUGGAAGCAACCUGCUUUUUGUCUUAAGAUCAAGAUAAGGACGUUGACAGGACACCACCAUGAGAGCUGUGUUGUCCUGUUUGUUGAUCUCGCUUUGUGUGGUCUUGCUCAUAUCAAAUGGUAUGGCUCUCCAAUGUUACACAUGUAUGGGCUCAAAUAAUGAAGACUGCAACCGCCAAGGCUCCAGAACAUGUCCCAGCUACUCUGACGCUUGUGCCGUGGUGGUUGGCCAAAACAGUGGGGUGAUGAAGUCCUGCUCCUACAAGUCCUUCUGCAGACAAGCUAACAGUCAGAGAUACAGAGUUCACUGCUGCUACAGCAGCGACUGCAAUUUCACAAACGCCGCCGACAGGCUGCACCCGCUCAGCUAUUUCUUGUUGAUUUUAACUUGGUUGUACCGCUGCUUUUUCUGGUAGACUUUGAAAAAAAUGACUUUAGCAAGUAUUUUAACUAUGAUUGCAGCUAAAAUAUACUUUUCGACAUACUGUACUGCCAUUAAAAUGCCAUUGACAGAUAUAUUUACAACAUGUGUUGUUGGGAAGUUACCAAGCACAGAGUUUGUUUGAAGUGUGCUGGGCUGGAUUAUGCACACCACAUAAGAUUAAAGCCAUUAAGAAGAUCUCACGUGGCUGUGGCUUGUGCCUUUUUUUAAACCGAUAAGAUAAGAAGGGAAGUGCUGAAAUAUCAUGCAACACACAAUUUAUCCGGUGUUCGCACGGGAACCGAAGUGGACAGCGAGAGCGUUCGGCAUGUUUCACAGCCGUUGGUAAAAAAUGAAAUUGUUAGUACAAGUCAGUUGGUAUGCCAUCACAUCAUCGACUCACGGUCGUUUGUUGAGCUAUUUCGGAAUGUGGAGAGAUAGUCAUUAGCACAAACUGCAAAUCCACAUAAGCCUUUAACCUGUAAACAGGAGUGUCGCAUGGAUGAGGCUUUUACACUCAGUGAGAGCCAUAAAUGCAUACACAAAACCGGGUGCUGUAUGUGCAUCCACUGCCUUCGCCAGCAUUGUUUGUUGAAACACUGCAAACACAAAACUACACGUAAAUACUGAAAGCACAACUGUUUGUCAAUCAAUAAAGCUACAGAUGCAAGUAGCCUCUCUCUCGACCUAUGUACAGUAUAUUCUACAAAACAGAAUUUACAGUGGAUCAGUGCUGUCGGAUGAUUGUAGAAUUGUACGGCAUUAAUUCAAUGUACAGUAAAUGCUGUGUUCAUAUUUGCAAUGUCUUCAUGAAUAAACACCAUAUUUACAAACAAUUA